AUGGGUGUGGAUAUUACUUCACAAGACAUUGAUAUUGCACACAGAGUCCCAUCUAGAAAUCCAGCUUAUCAUAAGUCUAUAAUUUGUAAAUUUAUGAGAAGAUGUAUUAAAGAACAAGUUAUGAUCCACAGACAAGAUGCUAACAAAAUUGAACCGACAGUCUUUGGUCUGCCAUCGGAUGCUUCAAUAUUAAACACCAGAGUCUAUGAUCACCUCACUCCAAAAGAACAAAAGCUUUUAAUAGAAGCAAAGAAAUUCCAACAACA